CGCUGGCGCAGAGUUGCUAGGGCAGUUGGGCUCUUCUUCCUCCGUGAUCGCCGGCAUGCCGAAGCUUAGCAAAGAGGCCAAGCAGCGGUUACAGCAGCUCUUUAAGGGCGGGCAGUUCGCCAUCCGCUGGGGCUUCAUCCCCGUUGUGCUCUAUCUCGGUUUUAAGAGAGGUGCAGAUCCUGGAAUGCCUGAGCCCACCAUCUGGAGUCUACUCUGGGGAUGAAGGAAGUGAUGGUCCUGUUCUAGAACCAGCUGAUGGACAGAGAAAGUGUCUGAAGAUGCGCGUUCCAGAGGAUGGGGCGGACACUUACACUGGCUGGCUCAAUCAGCUUUCUAAUGCCAUAGGUUGUACAUACAACAGAAUGUAGUUUAUAUGGACCUAACUUAUUUGCAUAACAGUGUAAUUAAAUAAAUACAAUUCGAAUGG